GAGAUUAGGAAGGUAUCAUUGAAGGCCACAUCCAGGGGCUAUCGUAACAUGCUACGGAGCAUUCUCAUGUAACUGCGAACCGCAAGGUAUAAUGUUCUGAGACUAUUUCCAGCGAUUGGUGAGCUCUCAUAUAAAGGUCAGCAGAUUCUUCUCUUUCGUUUACCUCACAGCAACACAGUCGCUCCGCAUAUCUCUUCCAGUCAAGUCUUUGUUUCGCCGUCGAAACCAGUAACUUCUUCCCUCCAUCACAAUGAAGUUUUCCGUCGCUUUCGUCUCUGCAGCCCUCGCUGGCGCAGUUUUGGCUCGCCCAUCCAGUCUUGCUCAGCGCGUCCAGUCUCGUGCUGACGGUACUCGCCGCCACCGAACUCAGCCUAUGGUCAAGGUCGGCAGCAGCGUCAAGGAGAACGCCAAGUUCGUUGCUGACACCGGCAAUACCACUGCUCAUGUCGAUUAUUCCUCCAACUGGUCCGGUGCGGUCCUUGAGCAGCCAUCAUCUGGUUACUUCACGUCUGCCACCGGCCGCUUCACGGUUCCUACUCCUCAGCACGUCGGCUCUGACGGCACCGAGUAUUCGACCGCAUGGGUCGGAAUCGAUGGUGACUCUUGCGCCAGUGGCCUUCUUCAGGCUGGUGUCGACUUCACCGUAACUGCCUCCGGUGACGUUUCUUACGACUCCUGGUAUGAGUGGUACCCCGACUACUCCUACGACUUCAGCAACUUCGACGUGGAGGCUGGCGAUGUCAUCCAAGUCGACAUCACUGCAACCUCGACCACUAAGGGCACUGUCAAGCUCACGAACGUCAGCACCGGCAAGAGUGUCAGCAAGACUUUGAGUGCGCCCAGUGGCUCUGUUCUGUGCCGUCAGAACGCUGAGUGGAUUGUGGAGGACUUCGAGCAGAACGGUAGCCUCGUUGCCCUUAACAACUUCGACAGUGUUGUCUUCAGUCACGCUAGCGCUGCGCUCAGCACUGGCGGAUCAGACGACCUAAGCUCUGCUACCAUCAUCGACCUCAAGCAGGGUAGCACUGUUUACACUGAUGUUACUAUUGACAGUGGCUCUCAGGUUAGUGUCACCUACGUUUAAGAUUUCAACGCACAGGAAGUAGCUAGUCUGAUCAAUGGACCUGGAGGAUCUGGGGCUGGCUAGGUGAUUGAUGCUGUUAACAAUCGUAAAGUCACGGAUAGUAGAAGUGUCCGGGACUUAGUCACACCGAAGUUAAGGCAUUGUAGUCUAAUAAACAAAAUCAAGCCUGUACAGCCA